AUGGCGAGUGAGAAACAAGAGAAAAUCGACGAACAGCUUCGUCCGUUGUACGCUGAAUUACAAAAGCACGGCCAAACACAAGAUUGGGACCGAGCGUUGAAGGUAACGAAGAAAAUAUUGGGUGUUUCAAGUAAUGAAAAGAAGGCUACGCAAUGUAAAAUCAUUUGCUUAAUGCAAUUGGAUAAAUUCGAUGAAGCAUUAACAACAAUUGUGAAAAAUACUGCGGAUACAGCGGAUUUGAUAUUUGAACGUGCCUACUGUGAAUAUCGUCUUAACCGUAUUGAAGAUGCAUUCAAUACAUUGAAGAGCGUUGAGAGGGAAUUAGACGAACGUGAACAAGAGCUGUUUGCUCAAGUGUUAUUUAAAUUGGAGAAGUAUGCUGAAUGUGUGGAAUCGUAUCGUUCAUUAUUAAAGAAUAAUGAGGAUGAAUAUCAAUCGACGCGGCAGGCAAAUUUCAUAGCAGCGUUAGCAACAUGGAAAUUAAUCGAUCCUUCGGCGAAAAUCAAAAUAGAAUCGAAUGAUCUCAGUGAUGAAACAUACGAUACAACAUACAAUUCUGCGUGCGUUCUUCUUACCUCGGGUCAAUAUGUAGAAGCCGAAAGCAAACUUCGAAAAGCAGAUGCACAAUGCCGACGCGAAUUGGAAGAAGAAGGAGAUAUGGCAGAAGAUGAAAUUUCACGAGAAACGGCUAAUAUCCGAGUGCAGUUAGCGUAUUGUCUGCAACAACAAGACAAAAAUGUCGAGGCUCUAACACUUUACAACGAUGUUCUUAAGUCGAAACCAACCGAUUUGGCUGUUAUCGCUGUUGCUUCGAAUAAUUUGGCGGUAUUGAAUCGUGAUCAAAAUUUGUUUGAUUCACGUAAACGUAUUAAAACCGCAUCAGCACCGGAAACUGAACCGAAAUUGAAUGCAUUCCAAAAGAAGGUUGUGCAAGUCAAUGAAGCUUUGUUGGCGAUUUACACUGGUCAACAUGAAGUCGCCCGACGCAUUCUUGAUAAGAUGGUACAAAAGAGCGACGAUACGGAUGAUACAAUUCCGUUGGCAAAAGUUUCGUUAUUAAUGAAAGAAAAAAAAUUAACUGAAGCUACUCAACUAUUACAAGAUUUCAUCCAAAGUGGUAAACAAAAGCAAGUCUCAAUUUAUUGCCGAUUAACAUAUGUGCAACUUCUUCUUGCCCAAGGAAAAGUUAAUCAAACAUGUGAUUAUCUAAGAAGUGACGCUGAGCUUCUAGUCAAACCAGGCAUAGUCGCGACGUUGGUAACACUUUAUAAUUAUUUGGAAGAUUCGAAAUCCGCUGCAACGGUUCUCAAUGAAGCUGUUGAUCGUUUAUACAAUCUCGAUCGAACGAAAGGGAAGACGUCUCGUGCAUUGGCGUAUCUAAUCAAGCAAAAUAUCAUCUAUCAAGAAAAACAAGGCAAUGCACAACGAGUGACAGAAAUGCUUGAAAUUCUUCAUAAGCUUUAUCCGAAUGAUACAACUACUCUGUCGAAAUUGAUUGUUCAUUAUUUGAAAUCGGAUCCUGAUCGAGCUAAUCUGUUAGCACAAAAAUUACCAUCGAUUAAACAAUUAGCUGAAGGCGUCGACGCGGAUAUGCUGGAGUCCACAUUUGGUAAACGCGUGCAGAAAGCAGAAAAAACAACAGAAAAAACGAAAUCGGGUGAUUCUAAAUCAACGCCAGCAACUGCUGUAGCUACAAACGCUACUAAACAAAAGAAGAGACGAAAACGAAAAAUUCGUUUACCCAAGAAAUACGAUCCGUCAUCAAAACCGGAUCCCGAACGUUGGUUGCCAUUACGCGAACGUUCUUACUAUCGAGGAAAGCGAGGCAAACGCGGCAAACAAGCAGCCAUUGGAAAAGGUACGCAAGGUGCUGUUGGAUCCGAUCAAUCAGCAACGACGACAAUGACAACAGCAACUGGCGCUCAACGAUCGAUGCCAACAUCAAAAACAACAACUGGUGGAGCGACGUCAACUCAACCUAAACCAACGCCACCGUCUGGCAAAGUAGCCGGAAAUAAACGAAGAGGAAAACAUUAA